AUGGAGGAGAGCACUUCCGGGUGGUUCACGAUCCGUGAUGGCACCAUGUUAGUUUGGGAAGGAGUGUGUGCAUUGGAAUUGAAGAGCGCUAUUUAUCUCUUCAAAAUUCGAAACAAAAAUCUAUUAUCUGACAUAUUGCAGGUUUCAUCAGACGGUUACUGGUACUGUGUCGAGAUUUCAGGAAGCCUGGGGAAUGCCAAAGCCCCUUUCUACUACCACUCUGAUUGUACAAGAAAUGCUCGGCGAAUGCUUAAGCACCUGACUGCGUGCACAUCUCUAAACAUCACUUCAUUGACGAUACGGCUCGAUCCGGAUCCACUGCGACAUUCAAGUUUGGAGAAUAUCGUACAACGUGUAACCACGUGGUCUCAGUUAGGCAAGGAAUCCUGCAGUGAUUACCGAAUAGUGCUUGACUCGGAAAUGCCACUGUGA